AUGGGCUUCAUGUUCCAAGGUUUGGUUAAUAACCACCCAAAUAAGAGGAAGAUGGUAUUUAGAGGUGAACUCCUCAGAGUUGGUCCAAACCAACUCUUGACCACCGACGUUGAUGUCAUUCGCCGUAUGGCUCAUCCCAAAUCCACAUACUCGAGAUCAACAUUCUACCGGACUUUCAGGUUCACUCCUACUGAAGAUCAUACGUUCUCACUCCUCGAUGACCAAGAACAUACUCGGCGUCGAACGGCCUUUGGUCCCGGCUACACCGGCGGCGUACAUGUAGAAGCAUGCGUUGACCGCCAAUGCGCUCGUCUUGUAGACCUCAUUCAGCGGGAAUUCAUUUCAACUCCCGGAGAAUAUCGGCCAUUAGAUCUGACCACCGCCUCCUUAUUAUUUGCCAUGGAUUGCGUUGGAGAUCUUUCCUAUGGGCAGCCAUUCGGUUGCCUCGAUAAGGGAAAUGACGUUCAUGGAUUCGCGAAGUGGAAUGAGGGCUUCUUCAAUGUUGCCAUAGUCAUGGCUAAUUUAAACUGGUUAAAUAAAAUAUUCGUUAGGCCUCCAUUCAACAAGGUAUAUCCAUCGACCCUUGACCAAGACGGCAUGGGAAAAUAUAUGGCGCUUGCACAUGCUGCGGUUGAAAGAAGCUUUGAGGAUGGUGGUGGGCGCCGGAGAGAUGCCCUUGCGUCAUUCAUAGAACAAGGUGUUACAAAGGAAGAAGCUAUAAAUGAGCUGAUACUACAAGUGGUUGCAGGUACCGACUCGACUGCUACUGGUAUUCGUAUGACUCUCCUACUCCUUGUUACGAACCCGGCUGCAUACAACAAGCUCAGAUCGGAGAUCGACGAUGCAAUCCUAAGAGGAGAUGUCAGCUCGCCUAUCAAAGACCCUGAAGCCCGGAAGUUACCUUAUCUUCAAGCCGUCAUUAAAGAGGGCCUGCGUGUCUUCCCUGUUGUUACCGCAACUUUCUAUAAGACAGUACCUAAGGGAGGGGAUAUUAUUAGCGGUCACUUCGUCCCCGAAGGCACCGAAGUGGGACAUAACGUCCUUGGAAUUAUGAGAGCGAAGAAAUACUGGGGCGAGGACGCUGACGUAUUUCGUCCGUCCAGAUGGCUCGAAGUAGACGAAGAGACUCACGAGAUUAUGACGGGAGUCAUAGAAACCCUUUUCGGAUCCGGCCGAUAUAAAUGUCUCGGCCGCUCCAUCGCUCAGAUGGAACUCAACAAAGUAUUUGUCGAGUUGCUUCGACGCUUCGACUUCUCAGUUGUUACUCCACAGAAUCCGGUCGAGAUCGUGAACUCGGGCUUUUUUCUCAUGUCGAAAUUGAAUAUGCGAGUCACGGAGAGACAAAUUGCGUGA